AAACACCACCGUGACGCAAAGUAGUCGAAAAUAGCACGAAGAAGAAAUUACAGCCGUCAUGUAAUGUUAACAUGAACAAGGUUGUCAACAUUUUGUAGGAGCCACACAAACAUCUUGUGACAAACACAGCCAUAUCCUUAUGGUAGAGAUGAGCGUCCACUGCGUCGUGACGUCCGCUGGCCGGAGCUUCUCUUCAUCGUAUCCCGCCGCUGGCCUCCUCCGCCGUCUUCUACCUGCCACCUGCUCCAUCACACGACGCAUGUCCCCCAAAAGACAAAUGGACCAUCUUGAGAGGACGGCAACCAACCAAAGACAAAGCGCUGUUUAUCCUGCUCAAGUAUGCGGCAUCAUGAAGGAGUCGGAGUCUGUAAAACGUCUCAGGUUAACAGCUCAUCCGGACUUCAACUUCAAGGCGGGACAGUGGGUGGACUUCUUCAUCCCAGGAGUGGACAAGGUGGGAGGUUUCUCUAUGUGCUCCAGCCCGGGUCUGCUGCAGAGGGAGGGCGUCGUGGAGCUGGCCGUCAAAUUUGCCAAUCAUCCGCCAGCGCACUGGGUUCACACGGCGUGCACAUUGGGCUCUCAGGUGGCAGUGCGCGUCGGCGGGGACUUCUACUUUGACCCCUCACCUUCGGACCCUGCCGUCGAUCUGCUGCUGAUCGCCGGGGGUGUGGGCAUCAACCCCUUGUACUCCAUUUUGUCGCACGCGGCCGAUUUGCUGCAGGUCAACCGAGCAUCUGGCGGGCGAGGCUACAACAUCGGCUCAGUCCACCUCCGCUACAGUGCCAAGACUACAGAGGAGCUGCUCUUUAAGAAUCCGAUCCUGCGGGCGUGCAGGGAGUUUCCGGACAAGUUAACAUGCCAAUUCCAUGUCACCCAGCAGAGCACAGAUAUUGAACCACAUCUUCAGCCUUUUGUCAAUCGUUGGAGAAUCGCAGAAGAAGAGCUGCGGGCACACGUGGACCCCGAGAGGACUUUGUGUUACUUAUGUGGACCUCCGCCCAUGAUUGAGGCAAUUUCCCAAACCCUCGUGAACCUUGGCCUACCGCAAGACACAAUUCUCUUUGAGAAGUGGUGGUAGCUGCACCUACCUUCUCCCGGAACGCCGGUGUUGUUUUCCGGGAUCCUUGUUUAACAUUUUUGAGUUUCUUGAUACAUUUGCGUGGUGGGAGUUGAAAAACGACAGAAUUACUCCAGUGACAUGCAACUUGAUGUGCAGCGGUGGAAGUGCUCGGGCAGUUGUAGGAACCUGCGCAUUGACUCACAGGACGAGACACUACUUUCAUUUCAUUUCAUCUGUGAAGAUCCAAGUUGUUUUUAGUCACCGUUUUUAGUGACUCAAAUUUUUUGACUAUUGAUUAUUGACUCUACUGUUUUGCAGUAACACUUUACGUGUAGUCGGACAUAUAAACAGUUUCAUUUAUAUCCCUAUUGUGUGGUUGAGUGCUCAUCUCCAAUUUACACCGCUGAGUACCGGUACAUAAAUCGUUGCCUGCCACACGUUGGCUGAUUGUCUGUUUUGAUUUGGCAUCGGGUUACACACGAGCAACAUUAAAUGGCUCGGUGAGAAACCCACAGCGUAAUUAUAAUGGAGAUUCCAGGUGGUCCCCGAUUGGUCCGCAUCCUUAAACCCCCCACCGAGAUCGGCGCGAGCUUCUCGUGGGCGUCGCAGUGGGGCUGCCGUUGUCGCUUCAAUUGAGUUGUUCCACGAGGGAAAUGCUCUAUGCUGUAAUGUGAUGACUGAAUGAAAUAAAUGAGGGCGAAGCUGCGUGAAACGCUUAA